UAUGGCCGUGUAACAAACUGUGUAACAUGGAGUUAUGGCCGUGUAACAAACCGUGUAACAUGGAGUUAUGGCCGUGUGGGAACUCUAACCCACACGUGUAUCAAUUUAACCUAUUGUUUUAUUUAUUUAUUAUUUCUCGCUGAUAUGAAAGAUAAGGUCCUUAUGCUCCUAAAACCGUACCACAAGCGACGUGUGUUAAUGUUCAGAUUGAGCAUUGCAGCUCGUAACAAAACUUCACUGUUCAGAAGAUGCCUUAGUCCAAUGGCUCUUAUGUGUAAUGUAAUGGAACUGAGAGUCAGGAUCUAGGGCUAGUUCUCCAUCUUCUUUUUAAAUAGUGAGCCAACUUAAAACGUGUUUUCUCAUGUUCUCUUUUGUGCCUCUGUGAGCAGUGUGUUUGGAACAUCAAAAUGCUAUAAAAUGGCAUUAUGGAAUCGCAAUACAUAUAUAGUUGUGAGAAUCACAAUACACAUCGGCACCUAAGUAUCGUGAUAAUAUUGUAUUGUGAGGUCCUUGGUAAUUCCCAGCCCUAAUAGGCAAUAUGUAACCUUAUUUAGUGCUACCUGCUAUUGUGGGUUUCAAAUUAAUUGGUAUUCACGUGUUUGUUUUUGAGGUAGAAUUACUGUCGUAUUAUUGAUGUCAAAUUGCAAACCUUAUUUGCACCUACUCUAUUCCAUGAGCAAAUGGGUGUGCCUGGGUCUUAAGCCAACAUACGCAGAUUUUACAGCGAAUGCAGUCUCCACGAACGCAGGAAUUGCAAUCACGCUUUAGCAAUGAAUUUCCGCAAUAGGGAAUGAAUCGAGACCCUAAGUUAUUUUUGGAUUAUGGUUGCUUUCACCUAUUUACAAGCUGAAUGGAAAUAGCAGACUGAAAGAAAUAAAGAAGAAGCAUCCAUCCAAGUGAAUCACAUACUGUUUCUCUGCCUGGGAGACCGGUGGAAUGUCUUAUCAGUGAGAAUCCAUCGUCCCAGUUCAAAGGCUGUGGUACUCCAGUGGGUUUAUGGGAAAGCUCUUUGGGUCUGGGUCUCCCCACCCAGUCUUUAGGUCUGUAUGACUUAGAUCUGUAUGACAAAGGCCUUUAAACAUGCUUGGAUGAACAUUGCUCUAGGUAUAGGGUCACAGGUUUGUACUGGGCGUUCACAGAGUAGACAUGUUGUCCUGCCGCCAUAACAAAGGCCUCGCUGAGCAGGGUUCAGGGAGUAGCUUACUCUCUGCUCAAACACACCAGAGGAGUGAUCUCUGGGCCAAGAACAGAAACUCUCUUUUGUGUAAGGAAAAGAUGGUAAACAUAACAAGAAAACAUAUUCAAAUAGAUAGCAUGAAGGGGACUGCUCGUGGGCCAUUUGUUUGGGGAGAAAGACAAACUGUCACAGCAGAGUCAUGGUAAGGGAAAAAAUAAAUAAAUAUGUGAUGGAUAGAGAGGGGAGAGAGAGAAAUACUGUAGAUAGAUAGAUAGAUAUAUAAGGGGGGUGUGAUUGUCCAGCUCUUUAAAGUGUCAAAUUAGUUUCUCUUCAAUGUACUCAAAACAAGAGUGACAAGCCUAAACAAUAGGUUUUAUAUGCUGUGCCCUCUCUUAGGCCUCUGCCUAGCAACCAUCACCUAAUGGAGAUAGAUAGAGCCCUACAGAGUAGCCACUGUCAUGCAGAAUAGCCUCACUUGGCUAGUGGUUAGGACAGAACAUUUAUUGUCCAAUAUGAACAAUACCAUCUUAGAAAAAAAGGUGCUAUCUAGAACCUAAAAUGGUUCUUCUGUCACGCCCUGACCUUAGAGAUGUUCGGUUAGGUCAGGGUGUGACUCGGGUGGGAAAAUCUAUGUUUUCUAUUUCUUUGUUGUUUUGCCGAGUGUGGUUCCCAAUCAGAGGCAGCUGUCUAUCGUUGUCUCUGAUUGGGGAUCAUAUAUAAGUUGUCAUUUUCCGUUUGGGUUUUGUGGGGUGUUGUUUUCUGUUUAGGUUGUUUCCCUGACAGAACUGUGCGCUUUUGUUUUCUCCUUUUGUCAUUUUGUUUGAGUGUUUUUGUGAACAUUAAAUCAUGAACACUUUCCACGCUGCGCUUUGGUCUCAUUCCAAUGACGAAUGUUACAUCUUCGGCUGUCCCCAUAGGAGAACCCUUUGAAGAACCUUUUUUGGUUCCAAACACUUCCCACGCAGGGUUCUACAUGGAACCCAAAAUACUUCUACCUGGAACCAAAAAGUGUUCUACCUGGAACCAAAAAGUGUUAUCCUAUGGGGACAGCCGAAUAACCAUUUUGGAUCCCUUUUUUCUAGUAGUGUAGGCAUGGCAUGUAACUAUAUGACUCAGGAUAUUGCAACCAAAUGAAAAAAAUGACAAUGGGGCAGAUGAAACAAGUCCUCCCUGUGUUUAUAAAAUAUUACUUAUUCUCAUGUCCAUGCAUGUGUGUGUAGGCUUGGGUUGUCCCAGCAAUAGCACUCAUGCUGAGUUUCUGGGAUUGCCCCCGCCCCCCCCACCUCUCUCUACAACAGGAAUAGUAUUGUUUGUUUGUGGUAUGUCCUCUACCAACUGUCAGGUUGAUAGAUGACACACUGAUUUGGAAAUGUGGACACUCUUGGGAACACUCCUGCCUACCACACACAAUGGGCCUCCUGUCUACAUACACAAGAUUACUAAACCCACUGAAGCCAAUGGCACACCUUAUCCAUUUUCAUACAGAUUUUGGCAAGUGAUUGAUGACAACGGUUACUUUUCAGAUGUAAUGUGGGCCACAUUUGACUUCCCGCCUACAUAAAGAUGAAGGAUCUUAAUUUGAUCCAGUUUGCGACAGAAUAAUCCUGCAGCAGCAGGAAAUGUGAAUUAUUAUGUGGAUUAUAAUUAAUGAACAUUUUUGUUGAUCCAUUUUUUGUUAGGGCAAAUGAAGUCGGAAAUUACAAACUUUAGAAGCCUUUUUUAAACUGAAAUACACGACAAGUUUGCAUUUCCUGCUUUUCUUAACAACAAAAGAGUGAUCAAAUUCAGAUCCUACAUCUGUACACAAGCUGACACAACCAACUGGUAUUUCAAUGUAAUGAAGAAAAAAAACGUCAAGAGAACGCAGGAGGAGGAGGAACAGAUGUGGGUUAAUGGGAGCAGGGCUUUAAAAAGCAGAAUUGUUUAGGUCACAGGUCUCACUUUAGGGAGAACUGUGUUUGGCACACACCCACACCCACAUCAACAAAACGCCAACACACAGGUAGACCUAGACACUUUGGGAAUAUGGCUUCCAGCACCUCCAGUAACCCUCUGCCCAGUGGCACCAGUGUGUUCACCACUGUUCCAGACCUCUUCUUCAUCCCUGAGUUUAUAUUCGGAGGUCUGGUGUGGACUCUGGUGGCCUCCACAAAGGUGCUGAUUGCGAACCCUCAGGGCUGGGUGAUGUUUGUCUCUGUGUUCUGCUUCAUCUUCACUACUCUGUGGUUCCUCAUCUUCAUCAGUGGAGCCAAUAAGAGCAGCAUCUGGCCCACACUGGAUGUUGUGUAUCAUUCCCUUGCAGCCUUCUUCUACCUCAGUGCAGCAGUGGUACAGGCCUAUGUCACCAUUGGUCUGAAAUCACUUACCAGUGCUUUCUUCAAAGAAUACCAAUUAGAUAUUGCUGCUGUGGUGAUGUGUUAUGUGGUGACUCUGCUCUACGCCCUCCAUGCCAUCUUCUCUACGAUGAGAUGGAAGAAUUCCUCAUGAAGACCAGCAUCCACAAGACAACAGACAAUGGGGCGUCAGACAUUAGCGAAGGCUUCGUAUUGACAUCAAUUGUAAUCUAUACAUAUUCAAAUAUUUUUCUAUAUUAUUUUCUUCCUGCAAAUACCAGAAACCAAUUUGGAGUGAAAUUUGGAGUGAAAUGCACAAUAUAAAUAAAAUUAUAAAUAAAUAUAUUUUAUAUUUAACCAUGUGCCUGUUUCAGAUGCUGAGGUAGAAUAAAUUGAUUAUGUAUUACUAUGUCCAGGUGUAGCAAAAACUAUUACAACGAUGUUAAAUAAAAAUGCUGAUGUGAA